GGCCUUCGCGGCCCGAUGCCGGCUGGGCAUGGUGCGGUCUGCGCACUCUGCGCGGCCCUGCUGAGCCUCCGCGGCGGAGCGCGGCUCGGGGUCACCAUGCCUACCUGAGUGUGCUGCUGCUUUUCUGCUUUGCGUCCUCGUUACAAACGCCUGGUGGACAACAUUUUUCCUGAAGACCCCAAAGAUGGCCUUGUUAAAGCUGAAAUGGAGAAAUUGACAUUUUAUGCAGUAUCGCCAGAAAAACUGGAUCGAAUUGGUUCUUACCUGGCAGAAAGGUUGAGCAGGGAUGUUGUCAGACAUCGAUGGUAUGUUUUAAUUGCUGUGGAGGCAUUGGACCAACUUCUUAUGGCUUGUCAUUCUCAAAGCAUCAAACCAUUUGUAGAAAGCUUUCUUCAUGUGGUAGCAAAGCUGCUGGAAUCAGGGGAACCAAAGCUUCAAGUCUUGGAACAAAUUCUAAUCCAAAUUGCUGGAAUCAGGGGUAUUCAAGGUGUGGUUCGCAAAACAGUUAAUAACGAACUUCGGGCUACCAUUUGGGAACCCCAGCAUAUGGAUAAGAUUGUUCCAUCUCUUCUGUUUAACAUGCAAAAGAUAGAAGAGGUCGACAGUCGAAUAGGCCCUCCUUCUUCUCCUUCCACAGCUGAGAAAGAAGAGAAUCCUUCUGUGCUGGCUGAAAACUGUUUUAGAGAACUGCUGGACCGAACAACUUUUGGGAAUAUGAAUAAUGCUGUUAGACCAGUUUUUGCACUCCUAGAUCAUCAUAAACUAUGGGAUCCCAAUGAAUUUGCAGUUCACUGCUUUAAAAUUAUAAUGUAUUCCAUUCAGGCUCAGUAUUCUCACCAUGUGAUCCAGGAGAUUCGAGGACACCUUGAUGCACAUAAAAAAGAUUCUCCACGAGUUCGAGCAGGUAUUAUUCAGGUUCUGUUAGAGGCUGUCGCCAUUGCUGCUAAGGGUUCCAUAGGCCCCACAGUGCUGGAAGUUUUCAACACCCUACUGAAGCAUCUGUGUCUCAGUGUUGAAUUUGAAGCUAAUGAUUUACAGGGAGGAUCUGUAGGCAGUGCCAACUUGAACACAAGUUCCAAAGUCAAUGAUGAGAAGAUUGUGCAGAAUGCUAUUAUCGAAACAAUAGGAUUUUUUGGAAGUGACCUACCAGAUUAUCAGAGGUCAGAAAUCAUGAUGUUCAUUAUGGGGAAAGUACCUGUUUUUGGAACAACCACCCAUAAUUUGGAUAUCAGUCAACUAGGGGAUUUGGGAACCAGGCAAAUUCAGAUAAUGUUACUGAGAUCUUUACUCAUGGUGACCUCUGGAUACAAAGCAAAAACAAUUGUUACUGCACUACCUGGGUCUUUUCUGGAUCCUUUGUUAUCACCCUCUCUCAUGGAAGACUAUGAACUGAGACAGUUAGUUUUGGAAGUAAUGCAUAAUCUUAUGGAUCGCCAUGACAACAGGGCAAAACUUCACGGGAUCAGAGUAAUACCAGAUGUAGCUGACCUAAAGAUUAAAAGAGAAAAAAUUUGUAGACAAGACACAAGUUUCAUGAAAAAGAAUGGGCAACAACUAUACAGGCACAUAUAUUUGGGCUGUAAAGAGGAAGACAAUGUUCAGAAAAACUAUGAGCUACUUUAUACUUCUCUUGCUCUAAUAACUAUUGAACUGGCCAAUGAAGAAGUGGUUAUUGAUCUCAUUCGAUUAGCCAUUGCUUUACAGGACAGUGCAAUUAUCAAUGAGGAUAAUUUGCCGAUGUUCCAUCGCUGUGGAAUCAUGGCACUGGUUGCAGCAUACCUCAACUUUGUAAGUCAGAUGAUAGCUGUCCCUGCGUUUUGCCAGCAUGUUAGCAAGAUUAUUGAAAUUCGAACUAUGGAAGCCCCUUAUUUUCUACCAGAGCAUAUUUUCAGAGAUAAGUGCAUGCUUCCAAGGUCUUUAGAGAAGCAUGACAAAAGUUUGUACUUUCUGACCAACAAGAUUGCAGAGUCAUUAGGUGGAAGUGGAUACAGUGUGGAGAGAUUGUCGGUACCAUAUGUGCCACAAGAAACAGAUGAAGAUCGGCUUUCUAGAAGAAAGAGUAUUGUGGACACUGUGUCCAUUCAGGUGGAUAUUUUACCCAGCAAUGUUCCUUCUGAUGAUGUGGUUAGUAACACUGAGGAAAUCACCUUUGAAGCACUGAAGAAAGCAAUUGACACCAGUGGAAUGGAAGAACAGGAGAAAGAAAAGAGGCAUCUUGUGAUAGAGAAAUUCCAGAAAGCACCUUUCGAAGAAAUAGCAGCACAGUGUGAAUCCAAGGCAAAUUUGCUUCAUGAUAGACUUGCUCAGAUUUUGGAACUCACCAUACGUCCUCCUCCAAGUCCGUCAGGAACACUGGCCAUUACUUCUGGGCAUGCCCAAUACCAGUCUGUCCCGGUUUAUGAGAUGAAGUUUCCAGAUCUGUGUGUGUACUGAAUGGCUCGUGAAGACCUCAGCAUAGUGUUUUAAAGCCUAAAAAUUAAGGCCAAGCUGAGUUUUCAGGGUUUACUUGAUGCAUAUUAACAUACAUAUUGGAAAUAGUGAUGAAACUUAUCUUUAACCAAAUGCUCGGCAUACCAUAUUAGAAAUUUUAGAACUGUAUAUUAUUUAGACUACUUUUGAAGAUAGAUUUCUGCCAUGUUAAUUUCUUUUGGGAUUCCUG